UCUGCCCGCUGCCAGGUAGGGCUCGGCUCCGGCGGGACGCGGGGCUGGGGCUGUGGGGACACUGCCGGCAGAUCCCCUUCUCCACACACGUGGUGCCGCCCGGCUCGAUCUGGGGGGUUAGCCUGGAUUAAAGGAGGACCGGGGGACCUCAUCGCUCUCACAGCCACCUGGAAGGUUGUAGGCAGGCUCCUGCUGUCCAGCACCAUGCUGCAUCCCAGGCCUCACUCUGCAAGCCAGAGGUGAAUCCAGGUGAAAGCCAGCUACCACAGCAGGUGCCAGGAUGACCAAAGCGCGGCUCCUCCGUCUGUCUGUGGUGCUGGUGUCCAUCUUCAUGAUCCUCCUGAUUAUUGUGUACUGGGACAACGUGGGAACGGCUCACUUCUACCUGCACACAUCCUUCUCCAGACCCCGCUCCCCAGGAGCCGUCGGGGCAGGUGAAGAYUGGGAAGCCUUUCCAGAUGUAGAUGAAUUUUUGGCAAAGCUUCUUAGUUCGAGCCUGAAACAGAACAGCUCCAUCCCCCGAAAGACAGAGCAGCUCCUCGUGCAGGGCUCCAACAAGCCCCUGGUAAGUAACUUGGAGGAGAACGUGCGGGGCUAUGACUGGUCCACACACAAAGACAGGAACAGCUUGGACCAAGAGAAGCUGCAAGUGGAGAGGCAGAGAACAUUGCGUGAGUUCUGUGCCAAUUCCAGCUUCACCUUCCCCACCAAGGAACGCUCUUUCGAUGAUAUCCCAAACUACGAGCUCAACCACCUGAUUGUGGACGACCGCCACGGYGUCAUCUACUGCUACGUGCCCAAGGUGGCCUGCACCAACUGGAAGCGUGUGAUGAUCGUGCUGAGCGAGAGCCUGCUGGACCAGGGCGUCCCRUACCGGAACCCUCUGGACAUCCCCCGCGAGCACGUGCACAACACCAGCACCCACCUGACCUUCAACAAAUUCUGGCGCCGCUACGGGAAGUUCUCCCGGCACCUGAUGAAGAUCAAGCUGAAGAAGUACACCAAGUUCCUGUUUGUACGAGACCCCUUUGUCCGCCUCAUCUCCGCCUUCCGCAGCAAGUUCGAGCUGGAGAACGAGGAGUUCUACCGGCGUUUCGCCAUCCCCAUGCUAAAGCUCUACUCCAACCACACCAACCUUCCCACCUCCGUUAGCGAGGCCUUUGGGGCAGGCCUCAAAGUCUCCUUUUCUGACUUCAUCCAGUACUUACUGGAUCCCAGGACAGAGAAGAUGGCCCCGUUCAACGAGCACUGGAGGCAGGUUUACCGCCUGUGCCACCCGUGCCAGAUAGACUAUGAUUUCAUUGGAAAGCUGGAGACUCUGGAUGAGGAUGCUGCUUAUUUAUUGCAGCUCCUCAAAGUGGACAGGCUGCUUCGCUUCCCCCCCAGCUACCGGAACAGGACUGCCAGCAGCUGGGAAGAUAACUGGUUUGCCAAAAUCCCGCUGGCUUGGAGGCAGCAGCUCUACAAGCUUUAUGAAGCGGAUUUUGUACUCUUUGGCUACCCCAAGCCAGAAAACUUGCUUAAAGACUGAAAGUGAUUGGGCAGUGGGUGUGGGAGGGAACAUCUGAAAUACCAAAAAUGUUUAAAGCCUCCUCAUUUUUGCUCUUAACUCCCUUCCCAACGCAGGUUGGUACAAUGGAAUAUAUUUUUUCUACUGCUUCCCCUUCCAUUUUUGCAAUAAUGCCAGAGUCCAGGGUAUUCCAGCCAGGUGUGCAUAUGCAAAAAAAUGCCAUUUUUUUUGGUUAUAAUUUGUUUUCUGUUUUUUAAAAUGUUCCCAUACUUUGCAAUGGGUCGCUGUCCUUGAUCACUCUGCCAAUUGUGUCCUUCAGUAGCUUUUUAUUAAUACUUUUUAAAAAUUAAUAUAUUUAAGAUAUUUAAAACAAAGCGUGUGUCGUGGCAAAGGAAGGGAAGGAAUAAAAAAAAAUCAAGUAAAUGAAAACCCCAAGAAAUUAUGUACCUGCCUCUUGUGUGUUGUCUCA